AUGCAACUGACCCAGGUCUUAAGCGGACUCUGGAGACAGUCCAUCGUCCGAAGCGCAGACAACAGUGGAGUCAUCAAAGCAUGUAUAAUCGGAAUUGGCAAAAACAAAUGGGGCACGGGAAAAAUAGGAGAUCGCAUUCGAGUUUCCGUACGAGACAAAACAAACGAUUGCACCAUUCAGGAAAAAACUCCCAAGGGAAUCAUCGUUCGCAGGAAAAAAGAAACAAAGAGAAAAGAUGGUAGCUACAUCAAGUUCGAUGACAAUGCUUUUGUCAUUAUAUCGAAGAACAAACUGAAGGCAACCAAGAUAAAGGGCCCCGUUGCUAUGGAGACGAGGCAUAACUGUAAAAACCUCGCCAGGUACAUUUUCUAA